CGGGAGGGCGGAUUCCGCUGCUUUGGUCUUGACCGGUGCGGUGCACUAGGCUGGUCUCUGGUGACUCCUAGACUUGGGUCUAACACCCUUGCGAGAGCCUUUAGUGCGGUGGGUCCCGGGCGUCCCGGGUCCUGGGUGUGUCGGGUGUCCAGCCUGCAGCCGGGGUCCUCCGCAGCCGGCCUGGAGGGGGGUGCCGCAGCCCUACGGGAUGGAAGGGACGGAGCUGCUGAAGCCGCGGACCCUGGCCGACCUCAUCCGCAUCCUGCACGAGCUCUUCGCGGGCGACGAGGUCAAUGUAGAGGAGGUGCAGGCUGUGCUGGAGGCCUACGAGAGCAAUCCCGCCGAGUGGGCUUUGUACGCCAAAUUCGACCAGUACAGGUAUACUCGCAAUCUUGUGGAUCAAGGAAAUGGGAAGUUUAACCUGAUGAUUCUGUGCUGGGGUGAAGGGCACGGCAGCAGUAUCCAUGAUCACACGGACUCCCACUGCUUUUUGAAGAUGCUGCAAGGAAACCUAAAGGAGACAUUGUUCGCCUGGCCUGACAAGAAAUCAAAUGAGAUGAUCAAGAAGUCAGAAAGGACCUUGAGGGAAAACCAGUGUGCCUACAUUAAUGAUUCCAUUGGAUUACAUCGAGUGGAGAACGUCAGCCACACGGAGCCUGCCGUGAGCCUUCACCUAUACAGCCCGCCUUUCGAUACGUGCCACGCCUUUGAUCAAAGAACAGGCCAUAAAAACAAAGUCACCAUGACAUUCCACAGCAAAUUCGGAAUCAGGACUCCAUUUCCAACUUCAGGCUCAGUGGAGAACAACUAAGGCAUACCAAGCCCUGAGAAGCUUUGCUUCUGGCUCCUCAGUGUUUACCUUGGACAGAGAGGCCGCCCGACAUUUGCUGCCCAGUAACACAGCUAAAUAAGCCCACGCUCGAAUCUAUGGCAAAGUGUCCCGAGCUAUGCGGGAGAAAAUCUGUGUUCUUGGUAUCGGAUGAGAACUUUUUAAAUCUGGAUUUUAUAUUUUCAAGCCUAUUUGACAAAUUCCUAUGCCGUGGAGAAUAGGAAAGCAUAUAGCAGCCUGCUGCUUGGUAGUAGACAGCAGCGGGUGUGGAAAUGUGCAUCUGCCCGACCUCCUGCAUGCAGAAAACUGAAACUGUCUCUAAUGUGCCCCCUUUGUACUGCCACCAAAUUGCCAAACUACUUUAAUAAAACUGGAUUUGAGAAGAA